AAUAAUUUUUAAAGGCUUGAUUACGCCUCGCUUGAUUUAGUUGAUUACGCCUCACUAAUUCCUUAUUGCUUUACUCAGGCUAGUUUUUCAUAUAUGCCUGACAUACUCGUUGUAAUCACCGCCGUCGUAAUUCGCUAUAGUUUGUUGUUUUGCGAAAUCUGACAUAUGAAAACCGAAUUACAACAACACACACAUCACAACAUGUGAAUUACAACGAAUUAUGUUUGUGCAUGAAAACCAGCCCUUAUAACCAACUAACUGAUAAAUUCAGGCUCGCGUAGCAGAUUUUAUAAACGCAAUCAUGCUUUGAAAUAAAAAUGUUUCUGCCAAACUGUGAUAAACGGCCGAAGGUGCAUCGAUAGAUCUAUUAGAAAUUCCGUUGAAAAUCCGGAAAUACUGGUUUGUCAUUCUACUCGCCAGUCGCCACAGGAAUCAGGCAGAGUCAACACGGCUCACGAGUGGUUGCGGUCGUUCCAUCCUUCACAAUGUCUUUAUAUAGCUAUGAAAUAUCUUUGUUGUGUUCUACGGUUUAAAAUGUCACCCUCGCGUUGGGAAUUAAUUUGAGAAUCGAGGAACAUAACCCAACAGUUUAAGGCAUCACAUGCUGUUGCAAUGGAUCGUUUUGUCAACUAUGGUGACGAAGUUUGGAAUUUUUUCUCAAGAUCAAUACGGGUUUAAGAAGACUUGCUGAAUCAACUGAACCAGGAGUAUCACGGGCGCGACAUUCUCGGCACGUCAAAAUGAAGGUCACCAGGCUGACUACCAUGAAACCAUGGGUCCUCAUCUUCCUCGCGAUCCGAAAUUUUCUCGAUGGCGCCGAAGAGUAUUUCAUUACGCCAACCGCAUGGUAUUAUAUCAAAUCUUUGGGAGGCACUCGAGAAUUUCUCGGAUUUGUACUCUCCAUAUAUGGCGGUGCGGCCGUCGUCGCCGGCCCGGUUCUCGGAAAGUUUGCCGACCACUUUGGCUACAUAAAAUGCAUCGUCAUUUUUUGCUACGGUCUGAAGGUAACUGGAAAUUUAAUUUAUUCAAUACCCGCCUCAGUAUACUGUCCUCUGAUUGGCCGAGCCUUGAGCGGGUUUUCUAUUGGUUCUACUGGAAUACUCUACGGUCAGUUGGCUUUGUACACCUCAGACAGAUCGCGUCCGAAGGCGUUUAUCUUCAUAAAUGGCAUGUACUGUUUGGGCACCGUAUGUGGACCAGCUCUGAGCAGUUUUCUGGUUUUCGACGUCGAUAUUUUUGGCUGGAAAAUAAAUCCUGGUAAUUCGUCCGGCGUUGUACUGGUAAUAAUAUGGUCGAUUUCGUUAAUAGUAUCGUUUUGGUUGCCGUCCGAGUUUGGAACUAGCAGCCAAUUAGAUAAGACGAUCGUUUCGUUGGAUGACGACGAUGAUGCCUCGAGCAGUUCCGAUGAUGGCGAUUCGUAUUUUAGGCCCUCGAAACCGCAUCCAAAGCACACGAUUUUCUGCGUGUUUUUCAUCAUUUUCUUAGGACAAUUUUUCCCAACCAUCGUGACAUUCUACACCCCACUUUUAGCUCAAGAACACUUCCAUUUACAGUUCCUGGACGUAAAAUUGCUUUUCCUUGCAAGUUCCAUACUAUCACUAGCGCUUUUUCUCGUUCUAUACCUCGCUACAGGUUGCUUUGACGAACUAAAACAAGCGUGUUUAGCAUUUCUUAUGCAAAUCAUUGCGAUUAUGUUGCUCACGUACUUCGCUUUUUACUGGGACGAAGUCUACUGGUAUGACAGUUACCUGCUUGUCCCCUACAUCGCCUUUGGCCUACAGAAUUUCAUAUUUGCAAUUGGCUGUUCACUCCUUGCAAGAAUCACGGACCCGAAUAUGGCAGGAUUUUACCAAGGUUCAUCCUUCUCUGUCGACCACCUUGGAUUCGUAUUCGGGAGGAUAAUUUCUGCGUUUAUAUUUACGAAAAUCCCGCUACUUCUCUACUGCGUAGGUCUCAGUCUUUUAUGGUUCGCUGGAAGCGUUUGGUUUUCAUUGGAAUGUAAAAAGAUAUUCAAUCUGAAGUGAAUUCGUGUCAAAUAACGCUGCAACGAUUUCGACCAGCCCGUGUCAUGGCUCGAAAACUUCCCGAGUUUUUACAAAAGAAACAUUUUAUGGAUUUUUAAUGAAAUGACGCCGUUCAAUUUUGACAUUUCAGAAUUAGAGUGGUCACCACCGUUAAACGGUGAUCGAAUCACACAAUCCACACAAGUCUGUUCUGUUAGUUUUCAUGACUUGUUUUGUAGGCAGCCCAAAUUGGCGUGAUAAAUUCAACGCGAGAAACUACUGAUGUAAUAAUAUGUUAUUAUUCGAUGCUAACACAGCGAAACAUUCCUCGCGUUAAAAAUAUCACGCAAAUUUGGGCUACUAUGCUUGUAUAGAAAAAACUGAAACAUAUUAUAACAAUUUAUAUCAUAUGAAGACCUCUGUUGACCGCUAAAAACCCUUGAUUUACAAGCUCGAUUUCAACGACUACACGUCACCAUCAUACACCAUCAUUUUUCCUUUCGAGAUUCCCUGCCAUACAAUAUAAUAUUUGAAUG